AUGUCUUCCGAUUCGUCUGAGAUACCUUCAAUUAAGAACAUUGAAGUUGUUGCUGGAAAAGUGAAUCCACCGAAAAAUGUAUCGAAAUCGACAGUUGAUCCUAAUGAUUCCAAUUCCUCUGACAUACCUUCAGCUGAGAACUUUGAAUAUGUUUGUGGAAAAGUCGAUCCACUAUCAGAUGUAUCACAAUCGACAUUUGAUCCUAAUGAUUCCAAUUUGUCUGACAUCUGCUCACCUAAGUUAUCUUUAAUUGCCAAAGAAGAGGAGAAACUGUCAAAAAAAGAAAAAAGGAAGUUGUCUUUGUUAUGUUGGAAGUGGGAAGAAGUUGUAGAUCUAUGUGAAGAUGAAGAAUUGGGUGUAGAUCUACCAUUCAUACUAGUGAAAAAGAAAGUGAAAGUUUCCAUUCAAUCAAGAAAUCGAGUCAUGAAACUUUUUGAUGAAUCAGAUGUUGAUGAGUGA